AUGAUUGGUAUAAAUUCAAACGAAGGAUUUAUAAAUAAAAACUUGUUAACAAGUUCAAAUAAUUUUUCAAUAUUUAAUUAUGUUUUCAAGAUAAAUGUUCUUUUCCCACCAAUUAUCAAACAAAAUCUUCAAAAAUUAUCAAAUACUUUAGGUUUUAUGCCUAUAAAUUGUGCAGUUGAUGAUUUAGAAUUGUAUAAUGAUGAUAUUUAUGAUUUGCUCAAUAAUCCUACAUUUUAUGAACCAUCUCAACAACAACCACAACCUUUACAAAUCCAACCUUUACAACAAGGAUAUCUGGGGUAUAAUAAUAAAGUGGAAUAUAGAGAUUAUAAUAAUGUUAAUGAAUUAAAAUAUCCAAGUCAUUAUAAUCUUAAUAUGAAUGGAUGUACUAAUUACUAUUUCAAUGACUUUAAUCAUGAUCUUAUUGAUUUGGAUAUUUACUCCUCAUCAAGUGAAAGUUUUAUCUCUCCUUUAGAUGAUGAAUUUUAUAAAGUUAAAAGAGAAAGUGAAGGAAGUACUAUUACUUUUGAUAGUCCAGAAACUUUUGUUAAAGUUGAAAAUGAAGGUUUACCAGUAUUUAAGGAAACUUUUAAACCUGAAAGUUUCAAAACUGAAAGUUUUAAAACUGAAACCUUACCAAGUUUUAAAUCGGAAAAUUUACCAAGUUUUAAAUCCGAAACCUUAAAUGACGACUUCCAAAAAGAUAGUAAAAAAAGAAAGUUAUCUGAAGAUAAAAGGGAUGACGAUUUCAAAUUUGAAUGUAAUCAUUGUACUGCCAAAUUCAAAGUUAAAGGAUAUUUAACCCGUCAUUUAAAGAAACAUCAAAGUUUUAAAGCUUUCAAAUGUCCUUUCUAUCAUGAAAGUCCUUCAAAUGGUAAAGGCACUAAAUGUCAUCCAACAGGAGGAUUCUCUAGAAGAGAUACUUAUAAAACUCAUUUAAAAGCUUUGCAUUUUAUUUAUCCUCCAGGAACUAAAAGUAAUGAAAGAAACUUAAUAAGUGGAAGAUGUGCCGGAUGUUUCCGUCAUUUCGAAAAUAACAUUGAUUGGUUAAAGAAUCAUAUUGAAAAAGGUGAUUGUAAUGGGACCUUAAAUGUUUAG